GAGUGAACGGACAACUCGAUCUGAAGCAAGUAAAUGAGUCAAGUUUGUACCGGUGAGGUAGGGGUAAAAUCGGCCAUACGAAAGAUGGGUUCGUGUACGCUGGUCUGCAACUGGGCCUAACGUACGCGCAGGCGUAGAAAAUGGCAGGAGCCUGGUAGAACAGAAAUUGUAAUGGUAUGCUUCCAAUAUGGUGGAACAAAAAACUUGGACAAUUAUAAUGGCAUGAUCCAAUUAACCAUGAUUCAAUAUCACGGUUCACCAAUGAAUUGGGUUACCCAUGUAGUACGUGCUUAUACGUUCUGAACAAAAAAAUGUGGUGGUCGAUGCCAUUGAUGCUCUCCUUCAGCUGGUGCGCCAUUGAUGCUCUCUUGAGCCCGUGUUUCAGCCAUGCUUGAAUCUACACUGUCUCCAGUUGGCUGGCGUUCGAGACGAUGAGCAGCCAGAAAAAUGCAAGAAGUCUGGACAUGUCACUUGGCCCUUGAACUCGAGCAUGCUGCUUCGUAGCCUCUCAUGUGGUCUUCCGAAUUCCAGGAACCAGACACAGCUCAACUGUUCAAGUGGUUGGUUCAUCUGGCUCCAAAUAGUUCCCGGUUCCGCCGCCUUCUCCAAUUCCAAAUCGCAGCGGGCCGGGCCUGCCCUUGAGCUGAGCCGUUGAGCGCGGCGCUUCGCGACCUCCGUCCCGUGCGCGCCGCCGACCCCACCGACUCGGCCGGCGUGUCCAGCCGGAGCCGAUCCGAUCCAGGCAGCCGUUGGUGGGUUCAAGGCACCGAUGGACGCGCUCAUGGCUAACUACGCGUCCGACUCCGACUCCGACUCCAACGGCGGCGAGCCGGCGGCCGUCCCCGCCGGCGCCCCGGAGGUUCCGGAACCUUCGGCCUUGCUCCCUCCGCCUCCCCUCGAACUCCUCCAGCCCCCAAACUUCGUAGAUUACUCAGCGAUGGCGCAGGGAAGUCGCGUCCGCAGCUUCCCCCAUGUGGAAGGCAACUACGCUCUACAUGUCUAUAUCCCUGUUGUCAUACCUUCUGAUGCAAAGAAACAGCUGGCCCUUGCUAUGAAAAGAGCUGCAUCUCUUGUGCCGGAUCUUCAUGCUGUUGAUGCAGACUAUGCACUUUCUGAGUUGUGCAAGGAUGAACAUAAGCUUGAGAAAGUGCUUCUGAGCAGGGAGUUUCAUGUAAGCUUAGGAAGACCUGUUGCAGUUCAGGUGCAUCAAAUUGACUCCUUCAUUGCAAUGCUUCGCCAAAAGUUCCAGUCACAACAACGGUACUGGAUGGAGUUCAAUAAGUGGGAGCACUUUGUCAAUGACGAUUGUACACGGUCGUUUCUUUCACUAGAAGUUACAAGAACUGGUUUGCCAGAGAUAAGUAAGCAGAUACUUGUGGUAGAUGAAGUAUAUCGAUUGCAUGGUCUUCCUGAGUUUUACAAGAAUCCACGGCCGCAUAUUUCGUUGGUGUGGGCAUUGGGUGAUGUCAGCGGCAAACUGAAGCAGGCAAUAAAGGACAUUGAAAAAUAUCAGAGCAGUACGAGCUCAUUACAAAAAUGUAAUGUUCGAUGCAAGUUCAGUCGUGUAGUUUGUAAAGUAGGUAAGAAGCUGCACGAUAUCUGUAAAGUUGCAGACUGAAACACACAUGAAUUACAAAUUAUAAAGCUUUGAGGUACUGAUCUCUGUUAGUUCGGGUCAAUUCUUGUGACUGUAACAGUGAAAUACAGUCAUGUUCUUCAGCACAUUGCCAUUAA